AUGGGCAAAACAAAGAUAUCUUGGGAUAAAAACAACUACUCCCUUCUCCGCCGCAUCCUUACCAAAAUACUUGAAAAUCCAGAUAUUCAUCUUUGUAUCUGGAGGCGCCCCAAUGAAACCCAACUUCCACUGAUGACGAAGACCAAAGCGAUAAUAAGACUUGUUGAGAUUGCUCUCCCUGGCUAUAUUCAGUGCGAUCAGUUCAUACCAGAGACAUAUGCCCACGCCGUUUCUACCAAGAUCGGGCGUCUAUAUAAGAUCUAUUUUAUACACCUAUACCCCGAAAUUAGAGACCAGCUCAUAGCAUCAAAUGAUUACAGGAUUACUCGGGAAAAGAAUUUCUGGGCACUCUUGGAACAGCUGGGCGGAGAAUCUCCGGGGAGGCAUGGGGCCGGCGUGGUGGACGUUAAACCGCCCAGGAGACCUGAGGGAAGGCUCUCCGGGAAGAAUAAAGUUAAGGCAGUGGUUGAUUUGACUGGGGUUGACGGUGAUGGUAACGGUGGGAGCUUAUCCAUUAAGACUGAGGCGUCUGAUUAUUCAACGCCUGCUAAACCUUCAGCCACUCUUGAACCAGGAGCGGGGGUACUAGUAACCCCGAACACAGUCCCACCCUCCAUCGAAGCGACUAGUUCGGUCGUGAACGAAGCCACUCCUAUGAGCGUUACCCCAAGGACCGAGGAGAACAAAAAACGCCCAGCUCUAGAUUCAGUCGAAGACUUAGAUGCCUUGCAAGAACGCAAGCUCCAGAAAGCUCGUGAGCAUGAGCUGGCGGUGCUCAAUGCAAAGAUCCGUCUCGUGGAGGCCGAGACCAAACUAGCCAAGAUCCGAGGGGAUUACCAAAAGAAAUGA